AUGGUGUAUUUGACUAGAAGUAUUCAAUAUGCAGUGCUUAAUUCCCUUUUUCGUUUUCAUCCGAUGUGCAAGAGUUUAAAGCUCAUUAAUUUGUGUUUUGCGGAUGACUUGCUUAUUUUUUGCAAGGGAACUCUCCCAGCUGUUAGGAGUGUUAAGAGGGUGCUUGAUGAUUUUGCCAUUACUUCUGGUUUGAUCAUUAAUUCUGGUAAAUCUCAUAUUUUUUUCGGAGGAGUCUCUAUGGCGGAUAGAAAUAGAAUUUCUCAAGAUAUUAACCUUGCAGUGGGUUCAUUUCCCCUAAGAUAUCUUGGGGUUCCAAUGAGGCCUUCUAAAUGGAAACAUACAGACUGUGAGGUGUUCAUUCAGAAAUUUAGAUUGAAGAUUCAGAACUGGGCUAGUAGACACCUCUCCUUUGCUGGCCGGAUUCAACUUAUUAACUCUGUUCUUCUCGGGCUUCGUAACUAUUGGAUGUAUAUCUUUGUUUUGCCCCAAAGUGUUGUCAAGGAAGUUGAAAGACUUUGUAGAGGGUUCCUUUGGGGAGUUUCUGGGCAGAGGAGUAAAUUGCAUAUCCCUUCUUGGCAAAAAGUUUGCCUUCCCAAAGCUUAUGGUGGCUUGGGGUUUAGAGAUGGUUCCUUGUGGAACCGGUCUAUGCUGGCUAAGUAUAUUUGGGCCUUAUCUUUCAAGCCUGACUUAUUGUGGGUUAAAUGGAUUAACUCCAUUUAUCUGAAAGAAAAGAGCUUUUGGAACUAUGACUUAAAGGGGGAUUGUAGCUGGUAUUGGCGGAAAUUGUGUCAUCUGAAAAAGUACUUCAGUUUUGCUGCCAUUUCAGCUGCUGGUAUGAAGGGAAAGUUCUUGUCUUCGAAGCUGUAUAAUAGCCUCCUGACUCAGCAAAAAGAUGAGUAUUUUCGGACUGUUUGGAGCAGAUUAAUCCUUCCUAAACACAGGUUUAUGCUGUGGCAAGUGAUUAAUUCUCAGUUACUAACAAGGGAUAACCUUAAGAGGCUGCAUAUCCCUUUGAUCUCUCUGUUGUGUCCGGUCUGUGAUGGCUACCAGGAGAAUCAUGCUCAUCUGUUUUUUGAGUGUUAUCUUUCAUCUCGGUUGGUUCAUCUGAUUUUUAACUGGUUGGGUUUUGCAGCUUGGCCUUUGGAUUUUAAGGGCUGGCUGGUUUGGCUUACUAGAGAUAGGAGAGGUACUAAGGCUAAUAUAGUAACCAUGGUGUUUGCAGCAACCAUUUAUAGCAUAUGGACCAACAGAAACAUAUGUUACUUUGAAGGAUACUCCUCCUCUGUUUGGAAUCUGGUUCAGGAUAUUAAAUUCACUACUAAACAUAGUCUUUACUUAGUGUCUAACAGAUUUAAUACAGCUCAAGAUCAAUUGUAUAUUCAUAAUCUUCUUUGUAAUUAA